ACUUGGCAGCAGCUCUGGUGGCCGCAGGGGACAUGGAGGGAGCAGUGCAGGCUUAUGUGUCUGCAUUACAGUAUAACCCUGAUCUUUAUUGUGUGCGUAGUGACCUCGGCAACUUGCUCAAAGCCCUUGGGCGUUUGGAAGAGGCCAAGGUAUGUUACAGCGGGUUGGCAUUUGUAUAGAUGUGUCGUUUGUGUUUUUCUCGUAGAUUUUUUUUUUUAUUUUUUUUUUUAUUCCUUCCUUACAUUUUUAGUUUGUAGUGUAUCCCACUAAGGCCAUAGAUGUUGUCCCUUUUUUCCUUUUGACAUUUUUAAGCCACAUGGAGUCCUUUCCCUUCAACCCCCUUGGCAAAAUGAAGGACAGAAUAUGGUAGCUUUUUCUCAUUUCUCAGAGUUAGUGAGAUUCCACCCCUAACCUAACCAUUGGAAAUAUUGGACCUGCACCAGUCAAAACCUAUAUGAGGCAACCAACUUUUCUGUAUAUUUUUUUUUUUUUUUUUUUUUUUUUUUUAUAAAUCAUAGUACACACACUUUCUGUUGACUACUUUUUAGACAGCGUCAUGCAUUUUGUUUUUUCAGUAAAUUUUUUCGGUAUAACAUUUGUCCCCUCUGUAUCACUUUUAGCCCCAAUGUCCUUUGCUUUACCCCGACCUUUUAUAAGAGGUCAGUCCCUCCCCUUUCAGGAAGAAAGGCUGGAGUAUAUAAAUUGACACAGUGGAUCUAUAUUGUAAUUUUUUAACCUUGGCCCAUGCAUUUUCAUGUAGUUGAUUUUGGAGGGAAAAUGCUGGCUCGGUCUUUGAAGAAUACAUGAACUGAUAAGAAGCUAGUUUAACUUUGCAGUGCAAAAGAUAAGAUGGUUUCUAACCUAACACUAUACUCCAGUACUGUCUAUCAAGUGCCCAAUGACUAAUGUUUGGUCUCAGUUUGCUGUCAGUUGCUGACAGUGUGGGUUGUUUCCGCCCCUCCCCUCCCCUUCCCCAUUCAAGUGUUACACUUGUAUUUGUCACUUUAAAACUUGUUUGUAUUACAGGGGGCUCCCUGGGUUGGGUCAAAUCUUGAGAUGUGGAGUUGUCCCACUGGUUACAGGCCAUCUUAUUUCGUGCUAGAGGGGGGUAAAGGAGUGGGGAGGAGCUUCAGGGAGUCACAAGCUCCCCUGCUCUGUCGCUCCACCCCCCGCGCGCUCGCUGAGGAUUGGUGGAGUGCGCGCUUAGAGCUGUCUUCCUGACCCUUUAGCUAUGCCCUAACGAUGCUCAUGCAAACCUGCAUUAGCAUUUGUUUUUCCUUUUUAUCUGUGGUUGAUGAUGAAAAUUUUACCAAGCUGGUUAUCUCUUCUGAUAUCCACUGCUAUUGAAUACCAUGUUAAAGUGCUGGUUUAUGAAAGCUAAUUUUCAAAUGCCAUAUAAUGGUCUAAGCAGCGUCAGGCAGACAGCUCACAAUUUGUACUUCACCGCCCGCGUCAGAUGCUGGGUUAGAAAGACAGAAGCACGCGCAGCAACAGCGAUGACUUCUUUAUUUCAGAACUGUGGAGGCUUCUAGAUACAAAUAAUUAAACCACAGACUUUUCUCCCUACCCCAUUGGCCAGGAUUCAAGAAAGCAUGCCAGGAUAAAGAAAUCAAAGUUUUAAAAAUCUUUCAUGCAAAUGCUAAAAGAACAAACUAAAAGCAAUGAUUAAUACUUUUUCCCUUUUCCUUCAAAUAUGUAAUAUUAUUCCCAGAGAAAUGGGAUCAGUUCAUUUGGGCAAGAUCAAGCCAGUAACUGCCCUCCUGUAGUUUGACUUGCAAACUGAAUUGAUGGAAAGCUGGAAGCCUGACUAUUUAAUUGAUAAACUGAUCAAAUCAAAGCCUUUCUUCCCUCCCUGUUACCCUUAAGGCAUACCUUUUUGUUUUCUUUGAAAUGAAACAUUCAUUGCAUGAAUGAAAACUAAGAAUAGUCUGUUUUUGUUUGUUGUGAUUUGGAAGAACCUGUUUUAUUUCCAUAUUUAAAAAAAGAAUGUAUUGUUUGAGAACUUUUACUAACGAUCUUGUUUUCUGAUUUUGUCUCUUUUGGUUUUUCCACAACUGAUAUUGUUAUUUAGAAGGUUUCAGGUGGGUGACACUAUUCCUGCGUAGGUGCCUGGCGGAAAGGAACACUAGGGCAGCCUCAGUCCUCUCCUCUUCUUCCAGCCAGCUGCGGCCACCACUCUGACAAAGUCCAAAAAUAUGGCUUGUUACCUGAAAGCCAUUGAGACUCAGCCCAACUUUGCUGUGGCUUGGAGCAACUUGGGCUGUGUGUUCAACGCCCAGGGAGAGAUAUGGCUGGCCAUACACCAUUUUGAAAAGGCAGUGACUCUGGACCCAAAUUUCCUUGAUGCUUACAUCAAUUUAGGAAACGUUUUGAAGGAGGCCAGAAUCUUUGACAGAGCUGUGGCUGGAUACCUGAGAGCCUUAAGUCUCAGCCCCAACCAUGCGGUUGUCCAUGGAAACCUGGCCUGUGUGUACUACGAGCAAGGUCUUAUUGACCUGGCUAUCGACACCUACCGUCGUGCUAUUGAAUUGCAGCCCCACUUCCCAGACGCCUACUGUAAUUUGGCAAAUGCCCUGAAGGAGAAAGGCAAUGUAAGACAGUACUUAAUCUGUCCCCUGUCUGGACCAUCUUAUGUGUCUGAAGCAGAAGAGUGCUACAACACAGCCUUGCGUCUGUGUCCCACCCAUGCUGACUCCCUAAACAACCUGGCCAAUAUCAAGCGUGAGCAGGGCAACAUUGAGGAGGCGGUUCAGCUCUACAGGAAAGCCCUAGAGGUGUUCCCUGAGUUUGCAGCAGCCCACUCUAACCUUGCCAGUGUCCUGCAGCAGCAGGGAAAACUCCAGGAAGCCCUCAUGCACUACAAGGAGGCCAUCAGAAUCAGCCCCACAUUUGCUGAUGCUUACUCAAACAUGGGUAAUACACUGAAGGAAAUGCAAGAUGUACAAGGAGCACUUCAAUGCUACACUCGUGCCAUCCAGAUUAACCCUGCCUUUGCUGAUGCUCACAGCAAUUUGGCCUCUAUCCACAAGGAUUCCGGAAACAUCCCAGAGGCCAUUGCAUCCUACCGCACAGCCUUGAAACUCAAGCCAGACUUCCCUGAUGCUUACUGCAACUUGGCACAUUGCCUGCAGAUUGUGUGUGACUGGACAGAUUAUGACGAGCGGAUGAAGAAGCUUGUGAGCAUCGUGGCUGACCAGCUGGAUAAGAACCGCUUGCCUUCAGUGCACCCACACCACAGCAUGCUGUACCCUCUCUCUCACGGCUUCCGCAAGGCCAUUGCUGAGCGCCACGGAAACCUUUGCCUGGACAAGGUACACGCACUGAUCAAAAUCAAUGCACUGCACAAACCUGCUUAUGAGCAUCCGAAGGAUCUGAAGACCAGCAGUGGACGUCUGCGUGUUGGCUAUGUCAGCUCGGACUUUGGCAACCACCCAACUUCACACCUGAUGCAGUCCAUUCCUGGAAUGCACAAUCCUGAGAAAUUUGAGGUGUUCUGCUACGCGCUCAGCCCUGAUGAUAGUACCAACUUCCGUGUGAAAGUGGUAGCAGAGGCUCAUCAUUUCACAGACCUCUCUCAGAUCCCUUGCAAUGGCAAGGCAGCUGAUCGUAUUCACCAGGAUGGAAUCCACAUUCUGGUCAACAUGAACGGAUACACCAAAGGAGCCCGAAAUGAGCUGUUUGCCCUCCGCCCUGCCCCCAUUCAGGCUAUGUGGCUGGGAUACCCAGGAACCAGUGGGGCUCCCUUCAUGGACUACAUCAUCAGUGACAAGGAGACGUCACCUUUGGAGGUAGCUGAGCAGUAUUCUGAGAAACUCGCCUACAUGCCCAAUACUUUCUUCAUUGGAGACCAUGCCAACAUGUUCCCUCACCUCAAGAAAAAGGCAGUGAUUGAUUUCAAGUCUAAUGGACACAUCUUUGACAACCGCAUUGUUCUUAAUGGUAUUGAUCUGAAGGCCUUCUUGGACAGUCUGCCAGAUGUCAAAGUGAUAAAGAUGAAGUGUGACAACAACCAGGAAUCUGCCGGGGACACAAAUGGAGCUCUGUCCAUGCCUGUAAUUCCCAUGAACACCGCAGCUGAAGCAAUCAUCAACAUGAUCAAUCAAGGCCAAAUCCAAGUCACAAUCAAUGGCUUCACUGUCAGCAAUGGCCUGGCCACCACACAGAUCAAUAACAAAGCUGCCACUGGGGAGGAGGUGCCACGCACGAUCGUUGUGACAACCCGCUCCCAGUAUGGCCUUCCAGAAGACUCCAUUGUCUAUUGCAACUUCAACCAGCUCUACAAGAUUGACCCCCCCACUCUUCAAAUGUGGGCCAAUAUCCUGAAGCGUGUGCCCAACAGUGUGUUGUGGCUUCUUCGCUUCCCUGCUGUGGGCGAACCCAACAUCCAGCAGUACGCUCAGAACAUGGGUCUGCCUGGCUCGCGCAUCAUCUUCUCUCCUGUGGCACCCAAGGAGGAGCAUGUGAGAAGGGGCCAGCUAGCUGAUGUGUGCUUAGACACUCCACUGUGCAAUGGUCACACCACAGGCAUGGAUGUUCUCUGGGCUGGAACACCCAUGGUCACCAUGCCAGGUGAAACCCUUGCCUCUCGUGUGGCUGCUUCACAACUCAACUGUCUGGGCUGCCCUGAGCUAAUAGCCCAGAGUCGCCAGGACUAUGAGGAUAUAGCAGUCAAACUGGGUUCUGACAUGGAAUACCUGAAAAUGGUCAGAGCACGUGUUUGGAAGCAGCGAAUCUGCAGCCCUCUUUUCAACACCAAGCAGUACACAAUAGACCUGGAGAGGCUGUAUCUGCAGAUGUGGGAGCACCAUAGCAAUGGCGGCAAGCCAGAACACCUGGUGAAAUUCCAAACAGUAGAGACCAGUGAGAAUGCCUGAACUGGAAGCACGCCGAUUUCUUUUCCCUUAUUCCCCAGCCAUGUUCAGCCUCCUCCCCACCAUCUUUUUUUCAGCACCCUAGUGUGAAUGGUCAGUUUCCACUCCAGUCCCUCUCCCGGAAUGAUUGUCUCCAUCUCUCUCAUUUGCUAUUAAUGGGACUCUUAAUUGUGAAGGAGCCUACAGAUGUACACAUUUGCGCCGCCGCCGCCGCCCCCCCAUCACAUUUGUCACACAUCUGCAUUUCCUGAGCCAGAUAGCGCCUGAGACUUUCAGGCACCUUGUCUGAGACUCCUGUCCUAAACAAAGUAUAUUUGGUCAGCAUGAGAGGAUUGUGAAUGCCCUGCUACACCCUUCAGUACUUGGAUCAGUGGAUUUUGUUUCUCCUGUCAGUGUGCAUACAGGACUAAUUGCAGCUUGUGGAGAGAAUGCCCAGCCAUCAUUACUUGUUGAUCUAUUUAUAAAUGGAUAAAGAGUGUUGUGUGUUUUAAAAGGACAAUGUUGCACCAUGAAAAUUGUGACUCUGACAGAAGUUUCAUCAGCUUUAACAUGCAAUUGUAAAACUUAGAUUGCAAGUGCUCUUUAGUUUGUCUUAAGCUGUUAUUAAAUGACUGCAAUUAGUAGAUGUGCAAGUUUUGAGGAAUAUGGUCUAGAUAAAGACUUUUUCCCCUCACCUAAUGCCAACUUUUACUAAUUUUGUUGUCAAUCAAGAAAUAUGUUCAGUAGCUAUUGUCCUGUUUGAUGUCACACUCUGCUCUGUAAAAUGAUCAGGCAAAGCUGGACAGAGGAGUCAUUGAAAGGGCCUAAAUUUCAGUUCAGAGGUCAGAGCUGUUCACAAAUUGAUCUUGUUUUUUUUAAAUCACACAAGGAACGGCCUAGGUAAGUAUUUUCUAAGCAGUUUUUGUUUUUGUAUUGUCCAUUAACUGUAUGCUGUCAAUGAUGCCACAAGGCUCUAAAUAUAAUAAAAAAAUAAAGAGAUGGCAAAACUA